GGCUCCCACUGUACCCUAAAAACUUCAAGAUAAGUCGAUAAAUAAGAGAUUGUUUUAAACAAAAAUUUGUCAUAGAUAAAUGUCUCGCAUGCUAUGCUGAUUUGAGGUAGUGUUAAUAGAUGAAUUAGCCUAACAAAUUCUUCCGAAAUUUACCUGCACAUCAAGAGAUGGGUCGGAAAAGAAAACAGCGGAAAGAGAGCAGUUCAGAGGAGGACUCGGAUAGCUCUAGGGAAGAAACUUCAUCCGACAAAAGUGAGCCAAAAGAAUCAUCUUUGCCUAAGCACCGCAAGAGACAAACAGAUAGAGAUACUCGAGGAAAGACUAAAGAUACUCAACAAGAUCGAAACAUAGAACGAUCGAGAUGGGAAAGUCCGGAUGCAAGAAAGCGUAAGCAUAUCAGUCCUUCGAGUCAGAAUCAACAAAGACAUACGUUGGCACGGGAAGAGAGACGGCGAGGUCAUCGAGAGCGCUCAGAUGCAAACGAUUCCAAGACAAAAUGGGACAAAAAUGAUAAGGAACGAGAAGUUGAUAGGGAUCCAGAGAAGCGGCGUAACGAAUCAGACCGUGAGGAUAACAGGAGCAAAAGUGGUCCUGAUAGUCACAGAAGACGAGAGCCACCGGAUAGAGAUUCCCAUAGAGAGACUCGGACACAUGACAGACAGAAUAGGAAUGAAAAUCGCGAGAAUCGACAUAAUGAAUCGCAAAAACAGGAUGACAGAUUUGAAAAUAGGAGACACAGUGACAGAAACUCUCCCAGGAGGGAUGACGAGAGAGAAAAACGGAGUAGGAAUUUUAAUGGGAGAAAUAAUAAUGAGAGAGGUAGACGAGGUGGCAGGGGUAAUAGAUUUGGAAAUAACGAUGGACCAAGGAGUAGGUUUGAUGGUUCAAGGGUGAAGAGUGAACCUUCACCUGAAUGGGGUAGACCGGAUGCCAAAGAUGAAAAGGAUAGUAAGCCAGUGGAAAAAGAAAAGCCAAAUUUCGAACCUUCUGGAAAGCUGACUGAGGAUGCAAAUACAGUGAAUGGGGUGGUGAUCAAAUAUACUGAGCCAUUAGAGUCGCGUAAACCCAAACGUAGGUGGAGGCUUUAUCCGUUUAAGGGUGAAAAGGCAUUACCCACUCUCUACGUUCACAGGCAAUCUGCAUACUUGAUGGGGAGAGAUCGUAAAGUUGCUGAUAUACCUCUGGAUCAUCCUUCAUGUUCCAAACAGCAUGCUGCACUGCAAUUUAGAUUAGUCCCAUUUCAAAGAGAAGAUGGGGGGGAAGGGAAAAGAGUCAGACCUUACCUGAUUGAUCUAGAAUCAGCUAACGGGACAUUUGUCAAUGAUAUUAAACUGGAGCCAAGAAGAUAUCAUGAACUGUUGGAGAGAGAUGUUCUACGCUUUGGGUUUAGUUCACGGGAAUAUGUCCUCUUGCAUGAACAGAGCAAGGAUGAUGCUCUUGAUGACGACGUUGAAAUCCCUGCUGUAGUACCGAAAUGAACGUAAGUUGUUCAAGAAUACAUGGUUUACCGUAUGGUAUAUCAAUGCACCCUAAAGAGCUGAAGUGCGCAAAGUGGAUAAAAAUUUUUGAGAACUUUAAAAGGGUUAAAGCGAAGCAAACCUCAUAUUAAAGAAUUCACUGUCAUUCAGCAAAGAGGAAGCACUCAAAUUCCUUAGAUUUCAGAAUUGUUUGUUUUAUUUCAACAAUCCUGAAUUGCACACUCCUUAAUGUUCUUCGUUAUAACAUAGAAGACUUAUAAAACUGAACCUGUACAUUAGCGAUGUGAAAAAAAACAAAAACAAACAUAAAUUAAACAUAUAAAUUCCACCAA